GGGCUUCAACAGGCACGAAUACUACCACCAGCACGAAUUGCCACCCUUGAGGGAUGAUACAUCAAAAGAUCAUUACAACUGUGCAGAGAAGCGGUGUAUAAGGCCAAGGUAAAGAGAACCCCCAAGGGAUGAAGGCAUUGCUUAAUAAAAACAUUACUGGCUGCGAUGCGGUUCUGGACUCCCGUUUCGCCUUAUCAGCACCUGCUAAUUACAGCUGAAAGAUUAUAGAAGCGGGGAAACGAUCAUUGACCGUCUCAUUAAUAUAAUAUGACUGAGGAUUUGUGGCCCUCCUGAAUGGAGUGGAGUUAAGACACUUUGAAAAGAGUAGUAACAUUUGAUUAGAAUACGUCAAGGUUUUUGUUUUUAUGGUAGCGUGGAUCUCAGAUGCAUUUAACUUCACAUGCAACCAGGCUACGUGGUGCCGGCACUUGUAAGGGGUUGCCGGCCCUAAGUGGUUGGUACGCCUGUUGUCUAGGCGCUGCAUGCCAACCGUUCAACGCAAUUCCUGAAAGAGGUGAGUUUAAGCUGGUUCAUUCGUUGUGUGAAGGUUCUUUGGCUUCUGAUUAUGAAAAAGGGAUUGAUAAAGAACGUGAAAGCCAUUGCAUAAGACCUGCCAAGCAUGCCAAUGUCCGUGAAGCGUUGGAGUCCUUUCGGCGGAUGAAUACUUCUGGAACAAAGCCCACAAAGUUCAUUCUCUGUACUGCUCUGAAUUCUUGUGCAAAACUGCUGAAUUGGGGCUUGGGUGUGCAAAUUCAUGCCCGAAUAAUUCAAACUGGGUUCGAGGAUAAUCUGUUCUUAAAUAGUGCUCUAGUUGAUCUAUAUGCAAAAUGUGAUGCUAUUGUUGAUGCAAAAAGGGUAUUUGACGGCAUGGAAAAGCAUGAUCAGGUGUCAUGGACAUCGAUUAUAUCUGGGUUCUCCAAAAAUGGGCGUGGAAAAGAAGCCAUUUUGUUUUUCAAGGAGAUGUUGGGUUCCCAAAUUAAACCCAAUUGCGUCACAUAUGUAAGUGCUAUUAGUGCAUGUACAGGGCUAGAAACAAUUUUUGAUCAAUGUGCAUUGCUCCAUGCUCAUGUUGUCAAACUUGGAUUUGGGGUGAAAACUUUUGUGGUUAGCUGUCUAAUUGAUUGCUAUUCAAAGUGUGGAAGAAUCGAUCAAGCUGUCCUGCUAUUUGGUACUACUAUAGAGCGGGAUAACAUUCUAUUCAAUUCUAUGAUUUCUGGGUACUCUCAGAAUCUUUUGGGUGAAGAAGCAUUGAAACUGUUUGUGCAAAUGAGGAACAAUGGAUUAAGUCCAACCGAUCAUACUUUAACUAGCAUUCUGAAUGCUUGUGGAAGCUUAACUAUACUUCAACAAGGAAGACAGGUACACUCUUUGGUUGCUAAAAUGGGUUCAGAAAGCAAUGUGUUUGUGGUCAGUGCUCUAUUAGACAUGUACUCAAAGUGCGGAAGCAUUGACGAAGCUCGUUGUGUUUUUUAUCAGGCAGUUGAGAAGAAUACUGUAUUGUGGACUUCAAUGAUCACAGGGUAUGCUCAAAGUGGAAGAGGACCAGAGGGACUGGGACUAUUUGAGCGCCUAGUGAUAGAAGAAGGCUUCACACCAGACCAUAUUUGCUUUACUGCUGUAUUGACUGCCUGUAAUCAUGCUGGAUUUCUUGACAAAGGCAUAGACUAUUUCAACCAAAUGAGAAGGGACUAUGGGUUGGUCCCUGAUCUUGAUCAAUAUGCUUGCUUGGUUGACCUCUAUGUGAGAAAUGGGCAUCUAAGAAAGGCAAAGGAACUGAUGGAGGCAAUGCCUUAUGAACCAAAUUCUGUAAUGUGGGGUUCCUUCUUGAGCUCUUGCAAACUUUAUGGUGAAGCAGAGCUUGGGAGAGAGGCUGCAGAUAAGCUUUUUAAGAUGGAACCAUGCAGUACUGCCCCGUAUGUAGCAAUGGCAAGUAUUUAUGCACAAGCUGGUUUAUGGAGUGAAGUAGUUGAGAUUAGGAAAUUGAUGAAACAAAAGGGUUUGAGGAAAAGUGCAGGAUGGAGCUGGGUUGAGGUAGACAAGAGGGUUCACGUUUUUUCGGUGGCUGAUGCUUCACACCCUCGAUCUCGAGAUAUCUGUGUUGAAUUGGAAAGGCUCAACUUGGAAAUGAAAGAGGUUGGGUAUACGCCCCAACAAAGAUUCGAGUUAGAAAGUGUUGAUGAUGAACAAUUCUGAUUGGACAGAGGAUUAAAAUUUGAGCAUUGGAUAGGCAAGAUAAAGGAAACUUGAUCUCUGAAACUGACAGGAGAGCAGAUUGGAUCAAGCUCUUAGGUAAAGAGUUAGGACUUCUAAGAUAUUUGUGUAGCACAAUGUAUACCAACUAUAGGGAUCUGCAGCUGAAGUGUUUGGUUUAGCAUGGGAAGAUUUUUGUUCUCUGAUUGACUUUCACUAUCAAGGUAACAUAUGUUCUUUGGGACUAUUUUUUGGAUAUAAUUUACUUGGCUGAAUGUCUGAUCAACAUUUAUUCUUUGUUUUCCAUUUCUAAGCUUAUUGGUUGGUUCCUUGAGAUGUUGAAUGGUACUGGGUUUUUGUUAAAAGAUUCAGUUAUGUAAUAAACAGGUCUGACAGUUUAUGAAAAGAUAGUACACAAUGCU